AGUAACAAACAUCCAGACAUCCAAACUUUCGCAUUUAUAAUAUUAGUAGGAUGUAUUGUAGGUCUCCUUUUCACUUAAUUCGUGCCUUGUGUCAAGUGGUCAAAUAACUUCGACUGCAAAAUUAACGCUAAAAUUCUGGAAGAACUUUGAACUUGAGACCAUAAACUUACGAAAAUCGUAUCUAUGUAUGUAACCUACUUAUUGAUAGGUUCUCCUUUGUAAUAAAAAACAGCUGUUAUUUAUUUAUAAUGACAUGGUUGUCAUUUCAAGCAAAUAAUGCACGUUAUUUUUUAAAGCAUUAAAAAUGUUGAUAAUUUAACAAAAAUGGAAAAUUGUUCAAGUGUUUAUGUUGCAGAAUAGUCAAAUUUUAUAAGUUAUUGCCGAUACUCGGCAAUGGGGCCAAGAUAAUGACGGUAAUCAAUUUUUAUUAACUCUUCUUUCAGAAAGUACCUACAUCCGAAAGAACUAUGUCAGGAACUAUUAAAUUACUUGGGGGACGUAGUUGGCCAGUCGCAUCACAGAUUCCAAGUUUGUUGAAAUGCGAAAGCAACUGCUAUUUCAGUAGUUUACUUAACUCUUCACGAACCUCCUUAGUUCGUGUUAUUCCUAAGUUGAACUCGUAUUCGCAAAUUAAGUUUCAUCAGUUUAACCCUUCAAGAAAUGACGUUCCUAAACUUUUACAACCAACACAUAAUCAGUUUGAAUUUGUAAAUGGGUUCCCAAAAUCAUUCUUCUUUCGUCGCAAAAAUGAGAAUCCUGACAAUCGAAAAAGACGAGUUCCGAGGUUGAUAUUAAUACAAAACCCAUUUACGUGGCUAAUGAUUAAGAUAGACUUCAGUGUUUUGAGGAAUGUAUGGGAUCCGUCAUUCGAAGAAAAAGAAUUUAAGUUUGGGACCAAACAAGCGAUAUCCCGAAUAACCCAGGUCAUCAGCGACGGUCAGUUCGCGGAAUUGAAUGGGCUGCUAACUAAAGCAGCGCGUAUGAGUCUUCUGCGAGAGUUGGAAAGAAAUUGGAGCGACCGCCAGCGCACGCUGCUAGCACUCAGCCGCGAUGACAUACAGAUAUCGUCUCCGAGGAAAGUCUACUUCAUCAGGAUUGCAGAUAAAAGAUUUUGUGAUAUUGAUAUGGCAUUCCUGGCUCUCAAGUGGGCCCCAAUCAAUAGUAUAGAUGCGCUCAUCUUUACGGAAAUAUUUGCCCGGUUCCACAGAGAGUACACUCCACACUGUAUCCCAGAAUGGACUAUCGCUUACUUCAAAAUUACAAGGUUUGAAAUACUAAGAAGAUAACAUUGUAAGUGUUCCAAAGUUCUCUGACAAGAUCGUAAAAUUUGUUGUAUGACUUUUCUGCAUGUUUUUGAAUGCAUAAUUGAUUAGCGCCAGUACGCUUGAAAUGAAAAUAAAAAAGUACAUAAUUUAAU